CAAAAAACACAACAUCCCACAACCCAACCACCCCACCUAACCAAAAUGAACUAAAAAACCAAAAUAAAACCCCACACCAUUUUAUUCCUUUGAGGGCUAUUAGAAGAUCACAUCAGUAUUUCCAAAGAAAAGAAAAAAAUAGCUGUAUUGUAAGGCCUAAAAGCAGAGCUUAAGAUCAUUGUACACAAUUUCAAGUAUAAUUUAAUCAUGGUAGUCUAGCCUACUCUUUGAUGGAAAAACGAAACAAAAACCCAAACCAACUAACCAAAAUCUGCAAGGAAGGUGAUUCCACAGCUUUCCAAGCUGGUGCCUGUCUUUUCUUUGGAAUCCUUUUUAUUUGGUGGGCAAUUGUGUGAUACCCUUGUGAAGGUGUGUAUCCUGUGCUGUUGAAUGGAUUUCACCUGUUGCUCUGUGCCAAAAAUAGACUUACUUGUAAGUAAGAAAAAUUAUGCUUGGAAAAACAUUUGCAAUGGCUGAGUGUUUGGGUUUCCUGUAUUUGUGAGACCAUCGAUAACUGCUUUGAGUAAAGGAGGCAGUUAUGAGUGAAAGAUAAUCAGUGCUGAUGAUGAAGAUGAUUAUAGGGAAAAGGGAAUCAGCAUAUCUGAGGCAAAUUCUGUGACAACAGUCUGUAUUAGAGGAUGAUAUCCUGACUGGCUGUGGAGAAAAAAAAACCUCUUGUAAAACAAAAAUAGUAUGUUGUAUCCCUCCAUAAAAAGAGUAAUUUCUGAGAUGGUAGGAUGCAUAAGAUGUGGGCUGGCGGAAAGGAGGAAGGGGAGCAGACAGUAAGGGCACACAGUUACAUGCAACACAAUGCGUGGUUGCUUUUAGAGAGUCUUUGGAAUAUUUGGAAAGGCAGGCUCUUCUGAGAACGCUAACCUCUAUAAUUUUGAGCAGUGAGACAAGGUAGGAGAGAAAGCAUGUUGCAAUAUAUUUCAGAUGCUAUUACUGUAGGAAAAGACCAUUGUACAGAGCUGGUAGGCUAAAGCUCAUGAAACUCUGUACCGCCGGCGCAUCUGCUGUGCGUGUCUCUGCGUAUGGGUUACGGUGGAGAGGUGAAAUAUCCUCAGGUCAUUGCCGUUGUUUAAAUCUAUUAUUUAUCAUCAAGGUCACACCAAGGGAGAAUACACCUCCGCUGCUUUAACUUUUGUGACACCUGUUUUCUGUGCAAGGUCAGGAGAAUUGUCAGACUGGAACGCAAGCCUUAGGUAAUGAGUCUUACAGUAGUAGGGAAAAGCCAGACAGUGAAUCACUUUUGAAUCUCUUCUACAUGAAACAUUUUCUUGAGGAUGUAUGUGACAAGCAUUGCAGUAACAGCCUUGGGUGUCCCUCUACUGCUUUAAGCAAACAUUUUGCUUUCAGUAGCUAGGAUGAGCUCAGUGUAGUGUCUAACCUUACUAAAUGCCGAGAUGCUUUCCAAUUAAUGUAUUUAGCCUGACAUCAUUUGCUAAUAGCCUGACUGUGUUUGUGGUCUUGAGACACAGAAACAAUGCAACUGUCACCACUAUCAUAUUACUUCUGCAAGGAAGAAGAACACCACAGGUAAGAUCUUAAAAAAUGACACAUGAAUACAUCUGGGGCAUAGGUGCCCUAGAUGUGAGGUCAUCAGUUCUCUUUUUGUGGAUUACAUCAUGAAUGGAAAUCAGUCUGGUCAUGUUUGUGUGUUUAAAAUAAGCAAAUGUCCUAUAUUCAACACUUGCAGACAAUGUCAGCAGAAGCAGUAGUAUGCAAUGAAUUUGAAGAAAAUGCAAAUGAUUUUUUUCUUUAAAGUGGUAAAAAUGUGAGAAAGAGCACAUAAGAAGCACAAUGUACAACAUCCUCGCUGUUUAUCCUAACUAACCUGGUCCAAGUAGCCUAUUUUUAAGGAAAACUAAACAAAAUUACUUCUCAUUUUGAAAAGCAUCUUUUUCCUGAUUCUUCCAGUACCUUUGUGAAACAAAAAGUAGAGGUUCUUGUUUUGUAAAGGAAAAAAAAAAGUUACACACACCCACCCCCCACCAUGCCAAAUCAUUUGCCUGCAGAGACUGAAAAGCAUAACUACUGAGCUACAGCUUCUAGGUUUGCUUACUUUAUACCAGAGGUGGGGGGGAAGAACAACAGUAAAAAUAGAAAGUCUGAAAAACCUUUGGAAAAUACAGUAGCCAAAGAUUCAGAUGUGGAGGUAGAAGCAGGUUUUAAUUAUAACAUUGUUAGAAAUACUUGUCAGGUUGCAAUUCAUCCUAGUCUUGUCAAUCACCAUCGUUGCCAGGCACAAAAAUGAAGUGCAUAUGAGAAAUUUUUACAUAGAAGUUGUAGAAUAUUGUCACUAACCCACCCCCACACACCCAUUUUAUUUCACGCUGACAAAAGCUGAGAUGAAUGAGUUGUCUGGCCCUUCCCACUUUGUAUAGUCAUUGGCUGGCUUGGUUCUAAAAAGGAUUUAAAAAAGGGGAAUAAUGUGCCUUUGCCUGGGAUCUGAGACUGUCAGAGGGCUGAAAAGCUAAUCUGUGAGCUGCCACCAUGCAGAUCUCUUGGGCUGUGUGCUCUGUCUGUGUCUUAAUACAACUAGCAUUUCGACCUGUGGAAGGGUGGCAAAUGUUUAAAAAUGAUGCUACAGAAAUAAUUCCUGAGAUCACUGAAAAUACAGAAACACCAAUGGAGCAGACUUUCAGCAACAACAACAACACAAUGAACCAGGCAAAGCAUGGAGGAAGACACAUACAACAAGCUCCAGACGCUAACGAUGCUUCCGACUUCAGCUGCAGAGAAAUGCGAACCACCCGCUACAUCACAGAGGGGCCUUGCCGCAGCCUCAAGCCUGUCAAGGAACUGGUCUGCUCUGGUCAGUGUGUCCCCUCACACCUCCUUCCCAAUUCCAUUGGUAGAGGCAAGUGGUGGCGUCAGAAUGCCCUGGAUUAUCGCUGCAUUCCUGCCCACACUCGCACGCAGCGCAUCCAGAUGGCUUGUCCUGAGGAAGAGACUCGGACUUACAAAUUCCGAGCUGUCACGUCCUGCAAGUGCAAGCGCUACACUCGCUACCACAACCAGUCUGAGCUGAAGGACUUCGGAAAGGAAACUGUCAGGCCUCAGAAGAACAAGAAGCCCCGUCUCUCCAGAGCCAGGAGCAGCAAAUCUAACCAGCACGAGUUAGAAAAUGCUUAUUAGAAGGUACCUCUGAGUGACACAGCCUAGCAGCUCUGGAUAUUUUACAAAUCAUCAAAUGGCACUCACAAGCCACAGCAUGACAUUCUGACUGCAGUAGGUUCCAGUUCCUUCUGCUAAGAUGGGUCAAAGGCUCACAUAGUGAAAAAAUCUAUCAGAUUAUAGCAGUUAUGGUCUGAUAAGAGAAUGAGAUAAACCGAGCGGGAGGUAGCAACACCUAAAUUCAGUCUGAGAGGAGAGGAACACCUUGGAGAUUCAUGUGAGAUCAUGUGGCUUGUACAAGUAGGAAGGCAGAGGACAGGGAAGCUGUUACGGUGACAAUCACGCUUUGUUAGAAGUCAUUCUACUCACUUUAUGUGAAAAGAACGCAGAGAUACCUUUCCCACUUUUGUAAGUGCCGUGACGCAGGGCAAGCAUGCGAUUAGGAGAGUUACCACUCUCGGAACAAGUUGUACAAAGUUAGUGAUAGCAGGGACUUCAACAGUUAUGGUGACUGAAGUCAAAUCGUUGGGAAAUUAGCACCCUGUCAGAUGUCUUCAUGCCCCAGUUGUUUCCUCUAAAACGCAAAAAUCAAAAUACGACACUUGCAUUCUCAAAACACUUUUAAUACUUUUUAUUAAAAGACUAAUCAACAGAUUGAAAACUGAGAUUUGACAACUAAAACCAUAUUUGUUUUAGGGACAAUGAUUUGUUUUAGGAACAAUAAAACAAAUUCUACUAAGUGGAGCAGAUUUAUGCAAUGGAUGCUCCUCUCAAACCAGAUAACCUCACUGGUGGUUGUCCUGUAAACAGCUAACAAUAUGCAUAAUUUAUCAUAAAAGAUACUGAUUAAUCCUUAUUUCUUAGAACACAAAUGUCUUUAGUAUCAGCUUAGAUAUCUCAGUUUACAUUUUCUAUUCUGUAGAGUUUGGAUUGUUGGGCCACACAGUUUGUAGUGCUAAGACUGUGCAAGCCAAGUCCCGGGAGUAAGGUGCUGGUUCUGCAUUAAAAGUGAGCCUCUAGCUAAUUUUAACGUCAUGAAUUCCUCUAGAAAAGUCUUUGGUAUGUGCAACCUUGGUAAGUCUUUAGUUUGACAGCGGCUUUCCUUAGCCUCUCAACUUUGAGUCUAACGUUCAUGUUUUUCCAUUAAAGAAUAUUAUUAGAAAGUGAAUCAUCACAUGCUGUAUAUAUCCUGUAGAAGUGCUAAGCCUAGUAUCAGAUGAACACAGUUUGGGAUGAAGACAGUUCCUCGCUGUUCUUAUUUUCUACGUAGAGUUUAUGCUGAACUCAUAUAAACUAUGGAAAUCUGUGAUGUUGAUAGAUUUUGCAAUUAUUUUAUGUGGGACCAGAACCUAGAGAGAAAAGGUAUUGUUUCAGAGAGUGAAUUACAUAUUUAUUUUUUCUCAGAAAUUAUUUAUGCAAUAUUUUCCUUUGUAGAGAAUAAGAAGUAAUACUGCUUUAAAAAUAUUAGCAUGUUAUUUUUAAUUUUAAAUACAUUGUUAAUAAAGUAGAAACAAUGAUUAAUUA